AUGGAGAACAAAUCUAUAUGUGUAACAAAUUCGAAUACGGCUUCUGAUGAAGAAGGAGUUGAAGCAACAGUCAUUAGCAAAGAUGAACAAAGGACAACUACUGUUCACGAAAAUGGUUACGAAUCUGAAUGUAGUUCGAGUUCGAGAAGUGAAGAAGAUAUAACUCGUUCAGUACUUCAAGUGGAAGCAGAUGCAUUCACACAGUUUAUUGAACGACAACGUGUUGAAGUUAUGUUUGAAUUACGUCAUUUGCGUUUGGGUGACCGACCUGUAACUGGUCAACCAAAUCGUGAACGAAUCGAAACCUUUCUAAAUAAUAUUCAUGAACGACAACAAAAUGUAAGAACACCAUCAACACGACCUGUUAGACCUAGUGCUCAUCUAGCUGAUAUUAAUGCAUUAGCUAAUCGCCGAUGUGUAUCAGCUACAUUAAAUAGUACAGCAUUUCGACAAGAUCUUGAAAAUGCUAUUCGACGUUCAAUUGGAACACGAACAAUGUCACCAGUACCACAAGUUCCACAAGCACCACCUAUGCCACAAAUUUUAUCAUCGACUAUUAUCGAACAACAAUAUUCACAAAUUACACCAAGUUCACCAACGUUACCGGUACACGUUGAACCAGUUAUUAGAGAACAACAACGUUCUCAAAUUAAUCCAAACCCUACACAUGAGCAAUUCAAUCUUGAAAGACAAGAACGUGAAUUACAUGCAUGGCAAACAAUAACUCAAUUACAACGUGAAACCAUUGUCUUGGAAAUUAGUGAUCUUGUUCAUCGACAAUUGGUAACAAGUGCUUUAGAAAGUGAUUUUCGUCAACAUCUUGAACAAAAUAUUUACACUCGUUUCGAACGAGAAGCGGCAACUCAACAAGAACAACAACCAGCACCAAUAAUCGCAACACCAUACGUUCCUCCUACGCCUGCUCCGAUACGAACAACACCUAAUACUCAUGCUGUAAGUAGUCUAUCUAACGAAAGAUUCUUUACUCUUCAUACAAAUAAUAUUUAUAUUCUACAGUCUACUUUGACUAUUGAUGAAUUAUCAUCACGAUUUGAUACCAUGCAGAAAAUGCUACAGCUCAUGUUUUCUAUGCAAAUGGAUAUGCAACGAUCAUUACGUCAAGAAGUAGCAAGUGCUAUUGCUAAUAAUUCCUCAACUAUGGUAACUACAAUGAGUCAACCAAUGAAUGCUGGCCAUUGUACAAUAUGUUUGACUGCUAUUGCUGAUACAGUACUUUAUCGUUGUGGUCAUCUCUGUGUAUGUUAUAUGUGUGGACUAAAUCUUCGAGAAACAAGAUCUACUGUCGGUAUCAAAUGUCCAAUAUGUCGAGCUCCAGUUGAUGAUAUUCUGCGUGUUUAUCGAAGUAGCCGUGAUGGAGAAUAA